ACAAAAAAAAAAAAAAAAAAAAUCAACAAUGGAAAUGGAAAUGGAGAAGAGCAAAGUGCAAAGACUAUUUGAUGCCUGUAACCAUGUAUUUACACAAAAAGAUCUCCCCACUUAUCAACAGAUUCUUUCUCUCAAAAAUCUCUUAGAUACAUUUGAAGCUGUUGAUGUUGGUAUCGAUGAAUUUAGGUUGCCUAGAUCUCCAAGUUCGAGCCCAGAAGAAGGUAACAAUAAGGACUUGAUUUUCGGGCAAGGAGUUGCUGAAAUAACUUACAUUCACAUCCAUGAAUGUGAUAGAUUCUCAAUAGGGAUAUUUUGCUUUCCAGCAGGAGCAAUAUUUCCUCUCCAUGAUCACCCUGGAAUGACUGUGUUUAGCAAGCUCCUUUAUGGAUCUAUGUAUGUAAAAGCUUAUGAUUGGUUGAAGGUGGACAAUUCUAGCUGCCGAACAAUUGGGGUAGCAAGGACAGUAAUGGAUGGGAUAUUAAGUGCACCAAUCGAACCAUCCAUUCUAUUUCCUAAAAGUGGAGGAAAUAUCCAUUCUUUCACUGCAUUGACACCCUGUGCUGUUUUGGAUGUGUUGUCCCCUCCUUACUCUGAAGACCAUGGCAGGCCUUCCACUUACUUCUCCCAAUAUCCCAUUCCUUCUCUAUCAGGUUACACAGUGCUUGAAGAGAUAGAGCUUCCAGGUGACCUAGUUGUCAUAGGAGCACCGUAUCUUGGCCCUUCCAUCGUGGACGCCAGCGAUGACAGAUCAGUCGAGCAGAACUAAUGUAUCAUAUGCAUACCCAUGCAUGUAGAUAUUUGUUUUGUUACCUUUUGUAUUUUUUUUUUUUUUCUUUCUGCCUUUAGAUCUACACAAGGAAUAUAUUACAAUAUGCUAUCUGCCAGUCCCGCGAUCAAUUACAAUUUCAAAUACAAAUUA